CGUCUUGACCAUGUCUGCAUGCCUAAAUGCAUUGAGUUGCUGCUACAUGAUUGACUGGUUGAGUCAACUAUUUGAGUCAACAGGCAGUUGAACAGGUGUACCUAAUAAAGUGGCUGUUUAGUGUAUAUAUAAUGUGGUAAUGCUGCUUUUAAUUAAGUGAAGGAUCUGAAUACUUUUUCCACCACUGUUUUGAGUGCCAUGACGAUGAAGGAAACAGAUGUUUAGUAGCUUAACCAUAGGCAUGAUGGGACCCUGGGCCUGGACGUGUAGGAGUGGAUUACAACUCACUUAAAAUGAAUCAUGGUGGUUUCUUUCUUGUCAUAUGUUCAAAUUUUCCUUCAAUUUUUUUUUUGUUUGGGUCUUUUGGGGCUCUGAUAUGGACAAAAAAUACAUAGUUAACAACAGUGACCUCACUCAGAAGCACUGGCCCAUUCGGUGAUACACCCAUUAGCCUAACAGGCCUGUAUGUGUUGGUGUUUAUGUUCUUGUUGGUGUCAGGUUUUAAUCAGUUUCAUCACAAGGCUUUGUGCGGGGACAGUAGGCGUACAGAUUUGUUAUUGGUGUCAAGACGGUGCUAUUGUUGUUACCAUGGCGAUCAGGGACAAUACACUUACUUGUAUUGUAUCUUUUGGCAUCAGAAGAUUUGUGCGUUUUCUGUUACGGAGAGACGUUGCCUGUGGCAGUUGUCUGGUUUUAAUUGUAGUUUAGCUGUGGUUUGUGUCUCAGGUUUAUAUACUGUGAAGGUGUUUAAUAUGUCUUUGAUCACAGAUGCUAUUUUUAGCGGUUUCCACUGACAGCCGGAGUGUGUCGGAGCUGUGCACAUUCUCUCCUAUUGUUCCCCUUUUCUCCUUUCAUGUUCAUUGCUGUGUUUUCAUCCUCUUCACAUAAAUCAUGUAUCUAUUUUAUGUUGUGUUAAAGUCAUUGUCUAACAUCCUCCCUUCCUAUUCAUGUGUCACAUUUCCUCCCCACCUCUUCCCCAAAGACCCCUUUGCUUCCUCGGAUGGUAGCACCAACGCAGCGUCUUCAGGUCUAGACCUUUUCAGCAUGAUGACAGCAGAGAAUAAUAACCCGGGUAGCUCGCUGGAUGCCUGUUUCACCUCUGUGGUGCCCCAGCCCUCCCCCUCCCCUUCCCCUUCAUCGCUCUUCACCUCCGCAUCCAGCACCAUCACCACCACUGCAACCAUUUCAGCUCCCAGCGCGGCCAACCCUGCGACUGAUCUUUUCAGCGAUCUCUUUGAUUCCAUGCCAGAUACGAGCUUCACCAAAGCAGACCCCGCUCCCAGUGUUGACUUGUUUACAGCAGCGGAUGUGUUCAGCUCCCCUGCCCCCAUCCUGUCCUCCGCACCCCCACCCAAAAUUGACACGGGAGCCAUCAUGAACCUGUUUGGUGGUGGGUAACUCAUGUGACUGCCUGCUCUCACUCUGCCUCCCCUGUCCAUGAAUGCAUCACGAGAAGAGGAGUACAAUCUGGGAAACAAGUUUAACAACUGAUAUUAAUUUUAGGCUUUAUGGUCAGAAAUACUGGGCAGAUUUGUUGGUGCAUGUUUGACUUUUGUUGCUAUGGGAAAUCAUGGAGGUAUAACAAGUAGAUGAAACUUGAACCAACUCAGUCUCACUCCCAAGUCAUCAAAUACCGACACUUGGUCAGUGGCCCUCGGCGUCAGAUACCAACACACUGAGGCACCCUUUAGUGGUGCUACAGGUAUGAGAUGCACCGGGCAGUGGCAAUUUUUUUGCCGUGGAAUUAAGAGUGAGAAGGUCCGCAUAGGGCGAGUAGGAGGGAAAGUGCAUGGGUCAUAGUAUUAGGGCGAUAUAACGACUGUACGAUAUAUUGAUAUGUAUUAUAUUUUCAAACAAGAUAUAAAUUAAGACAACACUGUUUAUAUCAGUAUAGGGUCAGGUUGCGUUACAUAACACAUACCAGUGUGCAUCUCUCUUCCAUCACACUUGUCACAGCUCCGCCCCACUCACUCACUCACUCACUCACU